GGCGAGAGUGGGCGUUAAAAAUACCCAUCCCAAGUGUUUAAAAAAUAACGAGGUGAUGGAUUUAUUCUUGACAGCUGGUGGGAACCUUGAAUUUUUCUCUACUCCCUCCCUCCUUCAUUUAAUUUAAUGUGAAAUUAUGAAAAUGCAGAGGAGUUGGAGGGAAGGCAAAAGGAUAUAACGUGGAGUUUGAAACAAGGAGAGGGUGCUGAUGCUGUGGAUUGCUGGCUUCUUGCCGAAAUCAAAAAUCCAAUUGCGCACUGGGUUGUGAUUGGAAAUCUAAUCAGAUCUUUGGAGAGGGGGGAGAGAGACUAAAAGUUUAUUGUUUUGACAGACAGGAAUAAAAAUUUCAAUGCAAAAGGAGAUUCUUUUCUAAAGGAGUGUGGGGGUAUAGAGGAAAAGAAGAAUGGGAAUCCCCAUUCUAAUGUGGAGACACAUGGAUUGGAUAAUUGAUAGUGCAGCAAAGAAGGGGGAAAAAGAAAAUUGCCUGGCAAGACCUGGAUCUUAAGUGUCACAACAAAAUUACAUUAAAAGAAUACAGAUGGAGGAUUGCUUAAAAGGAAAUACAGUUAUUUCUGCUCUCCAGAGAAAAAGCAAAUAGAGAGCAAUGGGGAGCAGUGGAGCCAGAGAGGCAGAAAACCUCAAAAAAAGGAAACUAGGCAAACAAUCCACAGUGGAAUGAAAAGUUUCAGAAAGGAAAAGGACCAUUCAUCCUCCUCAAGGAUUUUUGUUUUUUUCCUGUUAUUUUAAGCCACUGUUCUUCAGUGAAGGUAACCAUCGACAUUACCACUACAGAAAUUUUAAGCAGAAAAGUUGAAAGCCACAGAGAAAAUAAAGGACAGAGAAGAAGAAAGCAAAUUGCCAGAGGGGGAGAGUUCAGCAGUGUUGGGUUGGAUUGGCACCUGUAUGGACUGAAAUUGCUGGGAAAUUGCAAUUGGAUAUCCUUUUUCUUUAAUUUUCUUUCUUGUUUUUAAUUUUGGUUUGGUUGCUGAAAUGAAAUAGUUUUCUAACCCCUCCCCCACCCUGGUUUUUCAUAAUCACUCGGAUUUCCAGCUGGAUAGUCUUUGAGGAUACAGGUGGAUGCUGUGGGGGGGUCCAAGCCGCUCUGUGGAACAGUCUGCAGUGGGCUAGUAGGAUGAGAAGGUCCAGGGGUAGUUUGGGAAACGAGGAGAAGCAUCACCUCCCGAGACGGUAAACCUCCUGAAAAGACGAUUCAAACUCCAGAAGGACCAACACCAAAUAAAUUAUGAAUGUUGAACAAGAUGACCUUACAUCCACAGCAGAUAAUGAUAGGUCCUAGGUUUAACAGGGCCCUAUUUGACCCCCUGCUUGUAGUGCUGUUGGCUCUUCAGCUUCUUGUGGUGGCUGGUUUAGUGAGGGCUCAAACUUGCCCUUCUGUCUGCUCCUGCAGCAACCAGUUCAGUAAAGUGAUCUGUGUACGGAAAAACCUUAGAGACGUGCCAGACGGCAUCUCCACCAACACCCGGCUACUCAAUCUCCAUGAGAACCAGAUCCAAAUCAUUAAAGUUAAUAGCUUCAAGCAUCUGAGGCACCUAGAAAUCCUGCAGCUCAGCAGGAAUCACAUCAGAACAAUUGAAAUAGGGGCUUUCAAUGGUCUGGCCAAUCUCAACACUUUGGAACUCUUUGACAAUCGUCUGACCACUAUCCCAAAUGGGGCUUUUGUAUACCUGUCAAAACUGAAGGAACUGUGGUUGAGAAACAACCCCAUUGAGAGCAUCCCUUCUUAUGCUUUUAACAGAAUCCCUUCUCUCCGGAGGUUGGAUCUGGGGGAGUUGAAAAGGCUUUCGUACAUCUCAGAAGGUGCCUUUGAAGGUCUGUCCAACUUGAGGUAUUUGAACCUUGCCAUGUGCAAUCUUCGAGAGAUUCCUAACCUUACUCCGCUUGUAAAACUGGAUGAGUUAGAUCUUUCUGGGAAUCACCUGACUGCCAUCCGGCCAGGUUCUUUCCAAGGGUUAAUGCAUCUUCAGAAAUUGUGGAUGAUACAGUCCCAGAUUCAAGUGAUAGAAAGGAAUGCUUUUGAUAACCUUCAGUCGCUUGUAGAGAUCAACCUGGCACACAACAAUCUAACACUUCUGCCUCAUGACCUGUUCACACCACUCCGCCUAGAAAGGAUCCACUUGCAUCACAAUCCUUGGAACUGCAACUGUGAUAUCCUUUGGCUCAGCUGGUGGAUUAAAGACAAGGCACCCUCGAAUACUGCAUGCUGUGCACGUUGCCACACGCCUCCCAGUUUAAAAGGAAGGUACAUUGGUGAGCUGGACCUGAAUUACUUCACAUGUUAUGCUCCAGUCAUAGUGGAGCCACCAGCAGACCUCAACGUCACGGAAGGCAUGGCUGCAGAGAUGAAAUGCCGGGCAUCGACCUCCCUGACCUCCGUAUCUUGGAUUACUCCAAAUGGAUCUGUAAUGACGCAUGGGGCAUACAGAGUUCGGAUUGCUGUGCUCAGCGAUGGCACAUUAAAUUUUACAAAGGUAACUGUGCAAGACACGGGUUUGUACACGUGCAUGGUGAGUAACUCUGUCGGGAAUACCACGGCUUCUGCCACGCUGAAUGUGACCGCCCUGGAUAACCCUGGUUACACGUACUUUUCAACCGUCACGGUAGAGACUGUGGAACCUUCUCAGGAUGAGGCACAGACCACAGAGCAGGUUGGGCCCACACCAGUUACCAACUGGGAAACCAUUAACAUGACAACCUCACUCACUCCACAGAGCACAAGAUCAACAGAAAAAACAUUCACCAUUCCUGUGACGGACACAAACAACGGGAUCCCAGGAAUAGAUGAGGUUAUGAAGACUACCAAAAUCAUAAUUGGUUGUUUUGUGGCUAUCACUCUUAUGGCUGCUGUGAUGCUGGUAAUUUUCUACAAAAUGAGGAAACAGCAUCACCGGCAGAACCAUCAUGCUCCAACACGGACUGUAGAGAUCAUUAAUGUGGAUGAUGAGCUUACAGGUGACACACCCAUAGAGAGUCAUUUGCCCAUGCCAGCAAUAGAGCAUGAGCACUUAAAUCACUAUAACUCUUAUAAAUCUCCUUUCAACCACACAACAACAGUUAACACAAUAAAUUCAAUACACAGUUCAGUGCAUGAACCGUUAUUGAUCCGAAUGAACUCGAAAGACAAUGUUCAAGAGACUCAAAUCUAAAACAUUUAUGACAUUAAGGGGUGGGGUGGGGGGACAACAAAAGAUGGUUUAUAAAACAAAUGACACAAAUGACUGGGCUAAAUCUACUGUUUCAAAAGUGUCUUUACAAAGAAAAAGAAAUUUAUUUAUUAAAAAUUCUAUUGUGAUCUAAAGCAGACAAAAUUAUGUGUAUUCCUCAGAACCUGUUUUUGCUGCAGUUAUUUACCCUCCUCGUUCCCGUUUUCCUGCCCAACCUACCCCAACUCCCAUUUGCCAUAUUUUUCAUAGGAGAUCUUGAUUCCCUAAAAGAACUGAUCUAGGAAAUUUUGUAAGAAUUCUGUUACACUUUGGGAAUUUUUAUGGUGAAUUCUAGUGGUGAGAUUCGGUCUAUUUUGUCACUUUCUCUUUUUUCUUUUGUUUUCUCAUGCCCUUUUUCAAAUUAUUCAACAGAGAAUGGAGUAAUAACAGUAACUUUGAAAGUGAGAAAAACAAGUACACCUUUUUUUUCUCCAUGUAAUGAUUUGCUCUGUAUUUACCAAAAGCACCAUUCUGUGAAAAAAAUGGAAAAAAAAGUAAAAAAAAAAAACAACCAAAAAUUAAUUUACUUGUGAAAGCCUAUAAAACCCAUGAUCUUUUAAGCAAUUCUAGAACCAGAAUUUGUAGUUCAAACACUAAACUAAGAUUAUAAAUAAAAUAUUGGUUUUUUUCUGUACUUGGAUAUAGCUCAUUCUUAGUGUGACUUUAAACAUCAAAAGUUUGUUAAAAAUUCUUAUGAUAAUCUGCUCUGAUGGUCCAAAACAAUCACUUUAAAGAGAAUAAUUAAAGCAUUUUGUAUCAUUACUGAAGGAUAUCAAAGUUUUCAUUUUAGUUGAUGAAAACAGCAUACUGACAAACAAGGGUGUUUGAUUUCUAAUGCAAGAUUGAGAUCAUUCCUUCUAAUGGUGUUUCCAAUUAUCUUUAUAAUAUCACAAGAUGCUUUUCACAAUGCCAGAAAAGUUUUGCAAGGAGCUUCAGUUGUCACUGAAUUUAUUAGACAAAACUGAAAACUUUUUUUUUUCUUUUUUUAUUAUUUAUAAGUGGCAAUAAGAAAAUUCAUCUUUAUAUCGAAGCUAGUGGUUUCCAUUUCUGUUGUUCUGGGACUUCUAGGCACAAAUAUGAAAGAAGCUUAGCCAUAAUAAUACCUGUAAUAAGAGCUGUAUCCCUAUGUGCAAAAUCAAAUCAAAGUGCUGUUCUAAAAUAAAUCACAGGAAGAAAUCUGAGGAUUUGGGUUUAAAAAAUAGAAAGAACAAAGUCAGACAAAUCAGAGGAUAUUAUAAAUUACUGUAAUUUGCAUGACAAUUAGAAUCCCAGAUUCCAUUAAUUUAAACUCAGACUCAUUUACCAAUGGGAAAUGCACACCCUUUGCCUUUCUGUUUACAUACAUUCUCUGGAUUUAGCUUAUUGGUAUAGGACUGGUGUAUAUCGUGCACACUGAAAGCUAAAAGAAAAGCUUUCCAUAAGAAAACCCACUCCAGGACAUUGUGUUCUUCCAAGCAGAAGUUAUGCCAAAUUAAACUUCUUUAUGCACUGGCAGCUGAACAGAAGCAUUUUAAAAUGAUUUAAAUUAGGGGAAAAAAGGAAUCUUAUAUAUAAUUUCCGAACAUUUUUUCACCUGUUUUCUUUCUUAACCACCUUUACUGAGGGUUUCUGGGGUCUCGUUCCAGGUAAAUAAUAUUGUUAGCAAAAUCUGUUUGGAUCUUUCUAGUACAGAACAGCAUGCAGGAUGAAGACCCCACUGAAAAAUAUACUUCUGUAAGUUUAAGAUGGAAUUCUGAUAGGUUAAGGAGGUAAACAUCUCCUGUUGGAUGCACAGUUCACAAGGUUGCAAGUGAAUGUUGUGGUACGAAGGCCUGAUUUAGAGAGGACACAGUGGAGAUAGGUGACAAUGAAUCACACCCUGCAAGGAGUCUGAUAAGUAUAAUACCGAAUGAAACCCAAAGUUCUAUAACAAUCUCUAAGAAACAUUUGGCAAGGCAUUAUCCUUUGAUGUGCUACAUGAAAAAUAAUAUCUACUCAAAGGGAAUUUUAAUAGAGGGCAAAGAUGGACCUGAAUGUAAAACACUGCAGCUGUGAUUCCUAGGUUUGCCUGUUUCUUUAAAGUGAGGUUGCAUAUUUCACUGGUGAUUUCUUUUAAGCAUUGUGAUAGAUUCUGUACAAAACUACUACAGUUACACAUUCCUCUGUGUUCUUUGCCCAUCUGGCUAGUAAUAGGCUGUCCAUGGCCAAUGCUAAUCUGAAAAUUGAAAAAAAAAGUCCAUUUAGGAAACCUAAAUCUGGACUAUUCAAAUCUGUAAUUAAUGGGUUUAUGUUAAAAAUUAUGACUACUCUAACCAAUAUUUGUGAAAGCAGUUAUGGUCAACAUGGUUUUAUAAAUAUGUAGUACUUUACUAACCCCUAAAGUAGGUUAGAAUGAGGCCUAUAAGAAAACAGGAAUAGUUACUGUCAAGUGCAACACUGCAUCAGUGCCAAUCUUUGAUCCUUUUUGCAGUAAUACAAAAUAUUAUCAGUGACUAUUUUAAACAAUAUAUUAAUUCUUAUUGAGUGUUAAUGCGGUUUUAUUGGCCAAUCAAAAAACCAGAUACUCCUGCUUGUUCAUAAUAAACAUAAGGGAAAAGCAUUUGGGUGUGUUUGGUUGGGUAAGUAUGUAUGUGUUACAUGUCAAUCAUAUUAGUUACGAUUUUUCCAUCAUGUUCCAUAUUCUUCUUGGAACCACAGAUAUCACUUCUGAUUCCUUCUUAGUUCCACAAAACACUCAGCUUUUUUGCAGGUGAAUUAAAUACCAGAGUUAGAGAAGAUCAUAAUUUGAAUUAUGAACUGGGCUCUGCAAUAAAAAUGAAAGGAGU